AUGGCUUCCGUAGAAUUGUUGCACAUUAUAACAACUUUAAUGUGUUUAGUUCCUUUUUCUUUGUCCACAGAAGCCGGUGAACGUCAUGUUAAAUUUCAAUAUAAACAUAGUUUUAAAGGACCGCAUCUAGUUAAUAAAGAAGGAAACAUUCCUUUUUGGACUCAUGGUGGAAGUAAGUGGUCUCUUUUUUGUUGGUAAUUUUUUUGUCUACACGUGUACAGCUGUACAUGGUCGCCUUGGCGUUUUUCAUGUGAUCUUACUUUAAACUCCUUUUAGGUGCCAUACCUAGUGAUGAUCAAAUUAGACUGACUCCUUCAAUGACGAAUAAAAAAGGUUAGUUUAAAAGAACAAUUUAUAUUUUAUGAACAAUCUAUCGAAUUUAAAACUGAUCAACUGCUAUAAUUACAUUGUUGGUCAAAAAUUGAAGCUUGAAUUACUACAUACAAAAUUUGUCACAUAUGCUAUUACCACAGCUGCUUUCGAGUUUUUUUCUGUAGGGUUAGCGUACCGUGUCUGGUUUGAUUUCAUGUUUUUAUUAUGUCUAUUGUGCCAUUAAAACAUUUCUAUUGGUAUAAACAAAGGUAGACCAUGGCUUCCUCUCAUUGUUAAACGAAAAUAAAAUAUAUUAAAUAUUUUUAUGUCUAGGACAAAUGUUAAAAGUAGAAGCUUAAACAAAAUGUUGAAUUUAAGGAAUAGUGAAAUCAAAAUACAAUGAGGUUUCAUUUUUGUGGCUCUUUUUUAUCCUUUGAUUCAAUUUUUUCCCUUUGCUCUAAAAUCACUAUCAUAUUUCAGUAUACCUGAAUUUCAAGGGUCUCCUCGAGUCGGAAAUUCAGGCUAAUUUCGUUAAACUGAAAUGCAAGGGGAAGAAUAUAAAGCCAAAUGAGCCACAAUAUAAUACAUUGAACUGCAUUAGUGUCCAUAAACAGGUCAGAGUGCAAAGAAAGUACUGUCCGAUAGCCUCGGGCUAGAGGAAUUUGCUAUCUGGCUAGUGAUAUUUGUUCUUAGCUUGCCCGAUGGGCAAGUGAAGUUUUUUGAGAAUUCUAAUUACAGAACGAAGGACUGUGUAUUCAAACCUGCUCAUCAAAAAGCUUUUACGGCUAGUUUUACAGUGAUGUUUGGGCUAGUACAUGCUACAUUGUAGCUACAGCUAGCCCAAAUGGCAAGCUGCAAAACGGACUUGAUCUAAUAGAAUUUGAUCUAAUAGAAUUUGAUCUAGGUGUAAUGAUAGAUGACGACAAUUGUUCCAAUUGCAUCCUUUGUAAAAGAAUUAGAAAAAUUUAGUUAAUAAAGUAAUCAACUAUCAAUCAUCCAAAAAAUUGAUAUAAUAUAACAAUCCAUUGAUAUUAACGUAGGAAACAUUAAGAAUUAGGAAACAUUAAGAAUUAGAACAAUUAUCAAUUAUUUCAUUAGUAGAUAGUUAGUAGGAUUUUAACUAUAUUAUAUUGUUAGGUAACUAUAUUAUUUUGUUAGGUGUCCCCAAUUAGUAGAGGGGUUCUUAACCCCAUUGGCUAGACAUUUCCAAGACACAUUAAUAAAGUUUAUGUAUGUAUGUAUGUACUUUCUUUGCACCCUGCAGGUAGUCUGUAUUAAUGUAGGUCACUAAUAUUAUCGCUAUUCCCAGGCUUGAAAAUUGGCUGUAUGAUGGGAUUCCACUCUAGCUCAACUUCCAUUUAACAAUUUAGAUGUCAAAUAUGAUAUGAUAUUACAAAUGAAUAAUUGUGAAAGUACACCCAAUUAUUGGAAGAUGUACAUGUCCAGUACCUUAUAUACUCCCACCCUACCUAUGAUAAAGCCGCUGGCACCACCAGGCUUAAUGCUGUUGUGAUAAGAGAUCAGAAGUCACUGAAACAUUUGCUAUUCCAUUUAUUACUACCAGUGUGUUUGCAAAUUUGACUUGAGUUCAAAUUCACAGGAAUACUAAUGAUAAAAAACCUGUGAUGGUUUUGGUUGCCUGCAUUCAUGUUUUCUUAGGUGGGUUAGUAAUAAAUUUGACUGCCCCUUGGUUAGCUCAGUUAGGAGAGCAUCAGUCUGCUGAGCGGAAGGUCAUGGGUUCAAACCCCGGCCAGACCAACACUCAGGGUCUUUAAAUAACUAAGAAGAAAGUGCUGCCUUUGUAAUGACAUCUGCAAAUGGUUAUACAUUCUAGUCUACUCAUAUAAGGACGAAAAACUGCAGGUCCUGUCUCAUAACAUUACUUAUCUGGUCCUUGUGGAUGUAAAAGAACCCACACAACUGUUUGAAAAGAGUAGGGGAUAUAGACCCUGGUGGUGUGGCCAACCUUUUCUGGGGUGGGUGGGUUAUCUGUAAGGAGAGAUCUUAAUAUAGGGAUAACCUCCUGAACGUCCUUCAAAAACAGUGUAUGUACGUAAAUUCAUCUCAGGUAGAUAUAAUAACAUAUGACACUAUCACACACUGUCAGUUAUUUUCAUAUGAUAUGUGAAUGUGUGUGACAAUAUUAAGGGGACCAUUAUGUAUUUACCCAACAUUUAUUUUAAACCUUUUUUUCCAUUUUGGAUAGGUUAUGUUUGGACAAAAAAUAGCUUUCCGCAUGAAUGGUGGGAGAUAGAAGUUGCUAUCAAAGUUACUGGCAUAGGAAGAUUAGGUGGAGAUGGAGUGGUAAGAAAAUCACUGCACAUAAUUAUCAUGUUUUGAUGAUUGCUGAUCUUCUUCUGCUGAUGGCAUAGAGAAGCUUUAACCCUGUAAGCCCUAAGAGUGAUCAGCAUCAAACUUCUCCUUGUAAUAUCAAUGCUUUGCUAAACAGAGUGGUCAUGAGAAUCACAUACAUGAUCACUCAAGAUGAAUUUGCUUGAUAUUUUAUUAACUUAUUCCCGCUACUUCUGUAGGAAAUGAAUAGGGGCAACAAAUGAGAAUUCAUAUUUUGAUCUUAGGGCUCAAAGGGUUAAGAAAUAUUAAAACAUAGGGGUGUCACUGAGGGCUGUGGAUUGGGACUUUUCCUGGCUACUAUAAGCUUGACCCCUGGCUUCUUUGCAAGAAACAAAGGGAAAAUCGAACUACAAGGGCUUUCUAACUGUUCAAUUCCCUGCCUACUAAUUGCAUAUGUACCCAGCAACUUGAAAUCUUAGUGUUAGUCCUGAUAGCACCAUGGUCAUUUGUGAUCAGACCACUUGGGUAACAAAUUUAAGUUUGUACAAUGUGGACAAAGUUUGUAGUAACAGCAAAAAUGUACUAAUAACCAUCAGCUAUUUAAGUGCUACUUGUAAUGCCACAUCCCACAUUCCUGUGAACAAAGGCACUGACUCGGGGCUUGAGUUGACCAAAGACAGCUGUGAUUUGUAUGAAAAAAAUGAGCUUUAGUAGCCUGGAACAUUGUUUUACUGUCACUUGAAUCUGCCCUCUUGUCCAACUGGUGUUCCAUUCACUCUUGCUGAAACCCCUCUCCUUCUCUCUUCCUUAAUACAAGUACUAUGGACCUUUCACUUGUCCCUUUUCAUGGAAACGUAUCAUAAAUUAUUUUAAGUAUUUCAUAUGAAACAAUUAUUUUAUUAGUACCAUCAACUAUGUCUUAAAGGUCACCCUUAAAAGAUGAACACCUCCUCAAACAAACACAUUUAAGUGGUCCCUACUGUUUUUUGAUUAUAUUAUUUGACUCUCCUUAGGGUGGGACACCACUCUGAGACAAACAGUUAUGGCCUUUUCCAAUGGUCUCUGUCUCAAAUUUCCCUUGCUCUUUGCAGUUAUGUCCUUUAAAUUUAAUGCAUUCAUUGGAUGUUCUUUUGGAUUAUUAUUUUUUCAGGCCAUGUGGUACACAGAAACAGCUGGAAUUGAAGGUCCUGCAUUUGGAAAUGUAAACACUUGGAAGGGUCUUGGUAUUUUUUGCGACUCAUUUGAUAAUGAUCAACAGGUAUGGUGAAAUUUGGGUGGCAGCCAGCUCUUUUAUAUUAAACUAUCCCUUAUUUGUGGAUUAAUAAUAGAUAGAUAUUAAGUUUGUCUUUUUUUGCAUUUUUGUUGUGUUGUUGAUAUUGUAACAAUAAAAAUAAUAUUAUUAUUUUCCAGGGAAACAACCCUUUCAUUUCUGUAAUGAUGAAUGAUGGAACUAAAAUCUAUGACCACAAUAAGUAUGUUCAAAGUAAUAAGUUGUUAUUAACUUUUUUUCUCAUUGCUCGUAGUUGCUGUCAACAGUUUUAUUACUAAUUAUGCUUAAACUGAAAAGUCACCAAGAAAUCUAAAUUUGUUUUUGCAAAAUCGUAAGAAACAAAUGGUGCAUUGUUUAAGGUAUGCUAAAGAGGUUUCAUUUGACUGGUAAUGCCGAAUGAUUUUGUCUAGAGCAAAAAAGUCUCACCAGUCUACAUGUAUGAGACAGUGGUAGGGUUUACUGAGCAGACCUCACAUUCCUGCUCCCAUAUAUUCUCUGUUUCCAACAGUACAAUGUCCUGUGAAAUAUAAAUAAACGAGAAAUGCCUGUCUGGUAGGUCCUUGCAAGGCUCAGGGGAAUGAACUAACAGUAGUAAAUAAAGGGGAGUGGCACAAAAAAUCGAAAAGAAAAGUUUUUUGGUUUUUCUGGAGGGAAAGAUUUGGUAAUAUUGGGAUAGAUUCUUUGCAUUGGAAACCCUGUGAUCUUUCUAUGCCUUUUGGCAUAUCUGAAUGUUUUAGUAUAUGCAUCAAUAUGAAUGUUAGCUGAGAAUUAACACAUUACUUUAACAUUGAUAUAGUACAAAAUUUUCUUGUGUUUUAGGGAUGGACAAGAUCUUCAGCUUGGUGGCUGUUUAAGAGAUUUCCGUAAUCGUCCCAAUCCAGUCAGACUGAAAAUUCGCUAUUAUGAAAAAGUUCUAACAGUUAGUGUCAGGUUGUUUAUGUUGUGGUAAAAUUUAAUCAUACCUAUCAUACUUAACCAUAUCCAAGAACAAGAAAAAUAUAAUUCAGACCAGGGAAAAUAUUAUUAAACAAUAACGUUACAUAAAAAUAAUUGUAGCUGACAUAUGUACUGGUUGUCACAGGUUGGAUACUGAGGAAUUGGCUGUUAUUUAGUUUAAAAAUUUAAACAAUUUAAUUAAUUAAUGCUGUCUCUCAUCAGACUCCAAAACCACACCAGUCACUGCUUAAGCAAUGAUGUGAAUCUUGCUGACCAAGGCUGUGGUUUUUUUUAUCUCUUUUGUUUAGCUAUGGGUGCAUAUGGGUAUGAGUACCAAGCCUGAAGACUUUGAGCUCUGUGCACGACUUGAGAACAUCAAUCUGGCAAAAGGAGGUUAUUUUGGUUUAUCCGCAGCCACAGGAGGAUUAGCAGGUCACUAAACUUGACAUCCAAGUCUUUUGGGAUAUUUUAAUGUGACUUUUUUCAGAGAGGAAAAUGCAUUUGAGAGUGAUCUCUUAAUCAGGGUUCUUCAGAAAAUUUAGUAGAUUGGAUUGAAAGGCACAUUGUGCUUUUCAAGCGGUGCAAUGUGGACAUACCGCAUUUCCUUGAAUAGGCACUAAUAAGCUCUAAUAAGUGCCCUCCCCCAAAUAAGCACUUACUCUCUAGGCCUUAAUAUCAAACAAGUGCCCUCCCUCUAACAAGUGCCCCUCUCACCUCCCCAUCACCCUCUUAAAGAGUAGGGAUACAAGAGGAAUGUGAUGAUCUGCAAAUCAUUGAUUCGCGAGGAUGAUUAAGUACCCUCCCUCCAAUAAGCUCCCCUCGCUAUACCCAAAAUUUUAAAUGGGUGCCUGGGCACUUAUACAAGGAAAUACGGUAAGUAAUGGGAGUGGGUUGUGCUCCCACUUUGGGAGUCUGGGGACUUCCUGACUUCCCCAGUAAAAUUUUUAUGUUGGGGGCUCUUAAAAGUGCAUUCCAUUAUCAAACAAAAGUGCUGAUGCAGGACUCAAAAAAAGUCCAAUCCAUAGAAAGUAGAAAGUAGAUUUCUAGAUUUUUCAUUCAGGGCAAGUAAUGUUUAAACUUUACUUGCUAAUUGCCCAAUGGGUAAGGGUCCAGGCAAGUCAUCUUCUAACAAAAUCGUUAACUAUAAAGACAAGCAAGAAUUGGCCCCAGGCAAGAAUAAUGUGAGAGCUGCUUACCCAAAGGACAGGCUUGAAUUCAAGUUUCUUUAAGCUAGUAGCUGGGGCUUCUGUGUUGACUUUAAAGCUGCAAUUCCUGGUUGCAGGAGCUUCCCGGGAAAUUCUGCUCAAUACCCUGUUCUUUCUGCCUUCUCUUUUUACUUAAGAAUCGAAUGUACAAGUGGAUAUACUACUUUUGGAGAAUACUGAAUCAGCAGUAACCUAAUUAAUGUACAGUAGUGGGUGGUAAUUGCCCCUUGUCAAGUUUUUCAAUUUUUAAAUGUGUUGUAUUAAUUGUUUGCAGAUGACCAUGAUGUAGUGUCUUUUAUAACCCACUCACUUACUCCACCAAAGAAGGAGGGAGAGGUAAUCACUGUUGUAUUUAUAAUGUCUCAGUGAUAGACAGGUCUACAGGUAGGUACAUGUAGGUAGGUAGGUAGGUAGGUAGGUAAGGAGUUGCUAUAGGUAGGUAUGUAGGGUAGGUACCGGUAGGUGGAAACAGAGGUUUUGUAGGGAGGGAGGAAGGGAGGUACCGGUAGGUAGGUAUGUAGGUAGGUAGGUAAGGCAUCGCUAGGUUGGUACUUGAGGUAGGUAGGUAAGGAGUAAUCUGUUGUCAGGUAGGUACACAGAGUCAUUAUUUAGUGAAGUUAGUACAUAACACUAAUAAAAUAACACUAAUAAAGUCUAACACUAAUAAACUUCCUGCCUUGAUUUUAAGUUGCAUCUGAAUUAAAUACCUGCCUUUUUUCUUUUUUCCAGGGUGAAACCGGUAUGAGUGAAGAAGAGCAGAAGAAGCUUACUCAGCAAUAUGAGGAAUAUCAAAAAAAAUUAGAGCAACAGAGAGAAGAGUAAGUAAACAUCUAGAGGUCUAUUAUCAAUGCUGCAUUCUGAUUGGUUGAGCUACUACUAGGCUAUAUGUUAUAGCCCACUAGUAGCGAAAAGCACCAGCUUUGAAAACCAAUACAAUGGCGCCUGAAUCACGUUGUGCUAGUUAAAGUUGCUUUCUCUCGAUAUUUUUGACCAACUAGUUGGAUUUUACUAAAACAAUAUUAUUAUUCCUCUCGCCCUCAUGGCCUCUGAGUCAAUAGCCCAUUUGGCCUUCGGCCUCAUGGACUAUUGACUCACUGCCCAAGUGUUUUAUGUCUCUGAGGAGUGUUCGAACAUAGUGCUUUUGCAUGACUUCAUAGCUUUUUGUUUGGAUUCAUCAUUUCCCUCUCAGUUGAGCAUUAGUUAGAAGAGAAUUUGUUUUACCUUUAUGACUUUUGGCGACCUAGGGGUUGUCAUGGGACAUGUCAUACUGAGUUGUGCCAUAGUUUUCUCAUAUUAUACUAGCACCAGAUGGGUCAAAAGCCUUAAAUUCAGUGAUUCUGGGUCAUGUCUAAUACCGGCAAGGUGUGGCUUUGUUGCAAUAAAGCACAAAGAAACAAUGGCAAAACUGUCAAUUUCAACGGUCCCUUGGGAAGAAAUAACGUCAUGCAUGAUUCAAAAUGGUGACUCUCAUUUGUAACACUAUUUUGUUUAUCUCAAAGGAAGAAUGUCAAUGAGAGAGAAUGGACUCUCAGGGUUAAGGGAACAAUUAGUAAAAAGAAAGAUAUUCAUUGUGAUCAUUUGCAUCUGACCUUGUCCUUCAAUUCAUCAGCAUACUCAGCAAAUUUUUCUGUUUCCUUAAAUAUAUGUCUUAAUCAUUUCGAUUUUUGAGUCUUAAAUCAUUGUUAAAUGUUGUUACAGGUACAAAACUGCCCAUCCUGAUAGAGUAAAGGCACCAGAAACACAGGUAAUUUAACAACAAACUUAAAGCAAAUAUUAAAAAAAAUUCAUCUUUUUAAAAUGCCUAAUACUUUGACCCGUCCAGUCAUUUCGGUCGGAAAAAAAUGAAAUGCCCCUUUUCAUUUGACAAAAGUGUUGUCCUCAGUACUGCUCUUUUGUAUCCUGCUUACAAGAACAAUAACCAAACACGCGGUGGCUUGGGUCGGGUCUGUGCAACCGGAAUAUACCGUUCCAUUGUGCAGGUGGAAUUUCCGAAAUUUCAAACCGGAAUUUUUGUUGAAUGGAAAGCGCCCAGGGUUAAAGUUUGGGCCUCUUUGAAAUAGUCCCAGUGUGCAGUUCAAUACAAUUUGCCACUUUACAAGCCAGAAAGAAACUGGGAUUGUAAACUAGGGACAGGGAAAAAAUUGGCCAAUAGCUGACUGGUGUGCUCUUAGUAACCAUCUCAGAAACAACUGCUCGCUCCAGUGUCCUCUUUUGAAAGUGGCGAAUAAGGCUUGUUCGUUUUAGCUAGUGGGAGAAGGAAUGACAUUCACAGUGUAUGCUCUUGUUUUAGUAUGAAAAUGUUUAUGAACGAGAUGUUCGUCUGGUUUAUGAAGGACAGAAUGCAAUUCAUCAGAUGAUAAGGUGAGAUAUUACAAAAUUAAUGAGCAUGAAAACUUGGUAAGGCUAGAUCCCAAAAUAUAUUUGAGCAUUAAUGUGGAUACUUCCACUAUAGGGGAAAAAUAAACAAACAACCAAACAUCAAAGAGGGAAUCAAAAUGAGUCUGUAGCCGGUAAAUUAGCGGCGUAAUUGUUAACAAGAAUUGAUUUUACAUCGCCACUGAUCAACUUUGCUGAAAGCAUUCUCCCACACGUAAAAAAAAAUGUCCGCGUGGGCUAGAUUACCCCUGAGAGCCGGUGAAACAGAAAGCAUCUUAACAGUGGAUCUUUAGAAAUUGUUAAAAUCCUUUAUGCCAAUCUGGCAGGAAUGAUUGAUGGCUGAUUGUGGAAAAUUUGCUAAUAUUUGAUAAACACCCGCACCAAUCCAUGCAACAGACAGCAUAAUUAUUUCCCUGUAACUGGAACUUUCUGUAUUUUUGCCGUUUAAGGUGGCUAGACUGGAUUUUUUGGGGGGAUACCUCCCAAGUUUGAGCAUUAACUACGUCGCCAUGAAUAAAUCCUCCCAAAAAAAUCCAGUCGAGCCACCUUAAGUUUGAUUAGAAGCCAAUUCACAGGUAUACUUUAAAUAAAUGUAUAAAUGUGUGAUUUAACUAUAAUUUGGAGUUAUACCCGUCCAUGGUGAACUUAGAAAGUAGGGGGUGAACUUGUAAGGGGCUAAUUCGCUUGGGGGCGAACUCACUGAUAUUCCUGUCUUUACUUUGUUGCAGCAACCUUCAUAACAAAGUUGGGGAGCUUACAACACAAAUCAACACACUAUACUCAUUUGUCACCUCAGAUCAUAACAAGUUGAGCCACGUGGUAACACAAGAUCAAACUAUAAACAGACAGGAAGUGAACACACUAAUAAACAUGCAGAACCAACUUACUGCUAAAUUACACGAGAUUAGGUAAGUACAAAUUUCAAAUUCACCAGUGGUGACGUAGCGGCAACGCCCGAACAAGGUCACUUAAAAAAGUAAAAAGCGCUGAAACCAAAAACACUUCUCGAUCAGAACUUGUAAUGGCAGAGCGUGACAGAAGUGUUGUCCAAUAACCUAGGGAUACCCAAAAUUUUGUUUUAUUUUCAUGGAGCAUUAAAUUUUGGUAACACUGCCCCUUUUAAUGGUUCGUGGAAAAAAUGUCCGCAAGAAGUUUGAAUAAUGGCCAUUCCUCUGAAUUUUGUGCUGUUUAACAUGAAGCUCGACCUCCGCAAACAUCAACAGCGGAGUCCAUUCCAUUGAGAGAUGUUGCGGAAGCACUAAUCACUGUCAUCAACGGUCAUUCAAUAAUUUUCAGGGCUAAGCUCGUGAAACGGUUGUAAAUAUAACGUGCGUAUACUCCCUUUAGCCUGCUCCGCUGCGGAACCAACAUCAGAAGCAGGAGGCAGCUGUGUAGAGGCUUUUUCAAAAUGGGAACCUUUACUUUUGUGACAAUUUAAUACUGAAAUUUGUCCAUUUUAUAUUUGACAGUAAUUCUAUAAAUCAAGGAGGGAAUAUUGAAAGGAGAGAUGUUGGAGAUUCAGCUGGUGUAAACUCGAAGCUUAGUGAUGUGCAGACUGNUGCAGCAACCUUCAUAACAAAGUUGGGGAGCUUACAACACAAAUCAACACACUAUACUCAUUUGUCACCUCAGAUCAUAACAAGUUGAGCCACGUGGUAACACAAGAUCAAACUAUAAACAGACAGGAAGUGAACACACUAAUAAACAUGCAGAACCAACUUACUGCUAAAUUACACGAGAUUAGGUAAGUACAAAUUUCAAAUUCACCAGUGGUGACGUAGCGGCAACGCCCGAACAAGGUCACUUAAAAAAGUAAAAAGCGCUGAAACCAAAAACACUUCUCGAUCAGAACUUGUAAUGGCAGAGCGUGACAGAAGUGUUGUCCAAUAACCUAGGGAUACCCAAAAUUUUGUUUUAUUUUCAUGGAGCAUUAAAUUUUGGUAACACUGCCCCUUUUAAUGGUUCGUGGAAAAAAUGUCCGCAAGAAGUUUGAAUAAUGGCCAUUCCUCUGAAUUUUGUGCUGUUUAACAUGAAGCUCGACCUCCGCAAACAUCAACAGCGGAGUCCAUUCCAUUGAGAGAUGUUGCGGAAGCACUAAUCACUGUCAUCAACGGUCAUUCAAUAAUUUUCAGGGCUAAGCUCGUGAAACGGUUGUAAAUAUAACGUGCGUAUACUCCCUUUAGCCUGCUCCGCUGCGGAACCAACAUCAGAAGCAGGAGGCAGCUGUGUAGAGGCUUUUUCAAAAUGGGAACCUUUACUUUUGUGACAAUUUAAUACUGAAAUUUGUCCAUUUUAUAUUUGACAGUAAUUCUAUAAAUCAAGGAGGGAAUAUUGAAAGGAGAGAUGUUGGAGAUUCAGCUGGUGUAAACUCGAAGCUUAGUGAUGUGCAGACUGCGAUUGAAUCACUGACUCACUCAGUAAACCAUAUGUCAACUCAACAACUAGUAAGGAACAAAUUGUUCACUUCAUACUUAUACUUAAGGUUGGCUUAACACUGGAUUUUUUCUUACGAGGUGAAGUCAGUGGAUAAAACUCCCGCUUCUCUUGCCCGGGCCUCGCACGGAUAAUACGACCAUCUUCCAAUAAGCAAGAAAGAAAUCAUUCCUGAUAUCUACUUAGAGCUUCCACUCAAACUGCUUUCUUGUCCGAGCAUUGAAUUCCCUGGAAACACACGCUCUCUCUCGAGUUCUAUCACGCUUUUGAAGUCCCACCUUAUCAAUUAUGUACAUGCCAUCCUUUUUAGCUUCUGCAUAGUUGUUUGUGAUGCAGUUUUCUAUCGCAUUAAGUUUUCUUAGCGUCCAAAUCUCACCCGUGAACUGAUUUUUCUUUUUGUUCUUUCCUUUUCAGAUGGGAGGGCAAGAAAAGAAAGAUUGCCCCCCUCCUCCUCCAAUGCCGCAAUGUAUAGGUCCUGGUUACUUUGUUGUUUUAAUUGUAUCUCAAGUUAUUAUGCUUGUUGGCUACAUCGCCUACCAGAAUCAAAAAGAGGCUGCAGCCAAGAAAUUCUUUUAG